UCGUUGCCCAAAAUCAAAUUCGAAAAAUAUCAACAUAUCAAGGUCCCCAAACCCUGUAACAUUUUCCCCUUCAAGUCAUAAAAAUCACAAUCUAAUCUCUUUUCUCUUCUCUUUCUCCUUUCUCUUUGACAUUUCCAAUGGCAACUCUCUUAAACCCUUCUUCUCUCCUUCUACCCCCAAAGCCCUUUCUUCGUACUCGUCUCCAACUCACUCCACCUCCUACUUUGCGUGUCAGCUCACUGACCCAUCACCUUGCAUCAUCAUCAUCGUCAAGUCGUCCUCCUCGGACUAUCAAAGCUGCAGCAGUUGACAGUGACUAUUCGCCCAAGAGGAGCAGCAGCAAUGAGCCAAGGGAAACGAUAAUGUUACCUGGCUGUGAUUAUAAUCAUUGGCUUAUUGUUAUGGAGUUCCCUAAAGACCCUGCUCCUACAAGAGAACAAAUGAUUGAGACUUAUCUUAACACUCUUGCUACUGUCCUUGGCAGCAUGGAAGAAGCAAAGAAGAACAUGUAUGCUUUUAGCACUACUACAUAUACAGGGUUCCAAUGUACUGUAUCAGAAGAAACCUCUGAAAAGUUCAAGGGAUUGCCUGGAGUUCUUUGGGUGCUACCUGAUUCCUACAUAGAUGUCAAAAACAAAGAUUAUGGAGGUGAUAAAUAUAUCAAUGGGGAAAUAAUUCCCUGCAAAUACCCUACUUAUCAACCAAAAGCAAGAAAAGAAACAAAAUAUGUGAAAAGAAGAUACGAGAGACGAAAAGAUGGUCCUCCUCCUGCUGGGCAGUUCAGACCAAAGCAAGCAGCAAGUCAGUCGGAAUCAUCAUCUUGACAAGUUCUUCAAUGUUUCACUGCAAGGAUAGUUGGUAGUUUGCAAGCUGAUAUCACUAUUCUGCAUGUUAUGGGAACGCUUGUUCUGGGGUACUAUUAUCUGUUCUAUAAUUUUUCCCCUGUAAAGUCUUUGUAGUAGUUUUAUGCAGACAGAAAUAGACCUAUAUGAGUUUGUUAUUUGAAACAUUAUCAAUUGAGAAGUAUGUCAGCAACAUAUGGUUACAUUUGAUCUCACAUAAGAUUUAUUUCCAUU